AUAGAACUUUUCUCACGCCACCGUCAAGCACCUGUUACUAUGGUAAACAAUAUGGCUGUUGACUGAUCGUUUUUAGGAUUUUUUAGUAACAAACAAUCGAUUAUAUAGCAAUUCUGGCUGCAUGGUGAUUUUUGUUGUAUAAGUUUACAUAAUCAUCAGCAACAUGUCGCGUGCACAGGCAGAAAGUGUUAUUAAGAAUAUAAUAAGGGAAAUAGCUCAAGAAUGUGCCAGCAAAGGACAGGCAGUGUCAGAAACUUUAGUUGCAUUUAUGGUGAAAGCUGUUGUUCUCGAUCCAUCUAAUGAAUUCAAUGUGGAUCGAACACUGACCAAAGAUGAUGUACAGAAGUUGAUCAGGUUAUGUGUUGACCGUUUAAUGGACACAAGAUCUCCAGCUUUAGACACUGUAAAAAUGCAAGUGUACUUUGACAUGAACUACACAACUAGAUCUGAUUUCUUGGAUGAGCAUAGACGCGUUUUAGAGUCACGUUUACAACCUGUUCUACGAGAGAUUACAGACAGCCGAGCUCGUACUCGUGAAGAAUUAGAGAGCUUGUAUCGCAAGAUUGUAUCGGCGGUGUUGUUACGAUCAGGUCUCGGUAGUCCCACAGAUAUUGCUGUUGUAAGAGAAGCUACAGCUGCCCUACAGAGCGUUUUCCCUCAAACUGAACUCGGCACUUUUAUGUCCUUAACAAAACGUGACAAGGAAAGACAACUCUUGGAAUUGACAAUGAUUGUAACAGGAAUAAGACUUUUCAACAAGGAGUGUGGAAAGGGUGGAGAGGGAAUUGAUGAUUUGCCGGCUAUUUUGAAUGAGGCUGUACCGGCCACCACUCAAAAUGUUGAUGCUGAAAUCCAUGCUGCUUUGAGGUCUGCGAACAAAUACACAGCUCUAAUUGAGAAAAUGCAGACAGCGGACAGUUCUGAAGGACCAUCUGUGCAACUGUUGAAAGAGGCUUUAAUAAACUCUCGGCAACAUGAGUCUUUCCUUAGAGUCAUUUUGAAUGAUGUGAUAAGUUGUGCACAGCAAGUGGAGGCAUUAGAGCAGCAGCUAGCUGCCAGGAUGGAACAACUACAAGCUACAGUCCAGUCCAAAACUGCUGUCCCUACAGCACAAGUAUAUCCACAAUUUAUCCAUUUGUCGCAGCUAUGGAGUGGAUUUCAGGAUGAAAUGGUCCUUCUCAGUGUAUUGAGUAAUAUUCUAGCUAGUCUCGACCCUUUCACAAGAGGGCAUAGAGAAUUGUUCAAUGAUGAAGUACUGAUUCCAUUCCUCAGUGGUGUAACAAUCAAGUCUGAUGAAGAAAGAAUUCAGGAGACAUCAGGUGCAGAGUUUAGAGUCAAUCCCAAGGAUUUUAGAGAACUAGACUGGCUGUAUCCAGAGACAACUAAAAAUUUUAACAAACUACCAUUACAGUAUAGAGGUUUUUGUGCAUGGGCACUGGCAAAGUUUGAUCGUUUAUUGCUACCAGCUAACCCAGAGAUUGGUGUGUUGAGAUAUAAAGAACAUUAUUAUGCAUUCUCUUCAAAAAAGGCUGCUGUAGAAUUUGCUAAUAACAUAGAAGGGUUUAUUCAUCAAGUAGCUGAGGGGGCCAAAAGAAGUCCAGAGUUGAUACAGCUGCUAGAGCUCCAUACCCAGUUUGCCACAAUAACACCAUACUCUCAGGGUAAAGACCAAGGUCGCAUGAUUGAGAAGCCUGUCACAAAAUAUGAUAGCGGCACACAGACGGACACACACAUACUUGAAGCCAAUAUUGUCAAAUCCUAUGAAUGGAAUGAGUGGGAGCUAAGGCGAAAAGCAAUAAAACUGGCCAAUCUACGAACGCGUGUGACUCAUUCCAUGCAGACCAAUCUCAGCAACAUGAGACGAGAUACCGCAAUACAAGUCUGGCCACCAAAGGAACAAACAACCCAGACGAAGGAGGAUAAUUAUACCAAUGUACCCAAACCACAGGUGUUCCUGGCCGGUCUCCGUGGUGGUGGAAUGUCUCAACCAACUAACAUGACUAAAAUGGAUCUCACAAUUGAUGUAGAUCAAACGUAAUUUAUAAAAUAAAACAAUUGUUUGAACAGUGAAAAUAAACAAAUAGGGAAUUUUGAAGAAAAGUGAAAAUAUGAGCAAAAAAUUUAAAGCUUAAUGAACAAACGUGAUAAAAAGCCAAAAAGAUUUUAUUUACUUGGACAUGAAAAAGUUUAGCAGUUAUGAUUAUUUAUUAUUGUACACAAAUGUUAAUGAUUUAUUCUUACUGCUAUUUACAAUGUUACGUGUUUAUAAUAUUCAGCGUAUUUUGGAAUUGCUUUAAUAAAGCUGAUACAUGUACUUGAA